AAAAUGGCCAUUUACCUAAUGGGUCUGCCAAGAUGUUGGGUCACAUCAAGUCUGGGAUCCAUCAACAGAGAUCUACAGUGUGGAGCAGUGGAGGCUGCACAGAAGAGCUGGGCUCAAGGAGGAUACAGUGUGCUUUCUGAAAGGAGUUCAAGAAACAGAAGCAGUUUGAGGUUGGGGUUAAACCUGGCUCUGUCUUCACUGCAGGUAUUACUCUGAAGCCAAGAGACACGCAAUGAGAGGAAAGACCAUCUUAUCGACACAUGCUGCUGGGAAAAAUGGACAUAAGCUUGCAAAUAAUAACCCUUACCUAACGCCAUAUACAAAAAUUAGCUCCAGUUGGAGCAAGGAUCUCCACAUAAGAGCUACAAUGAUAAAACUCUUAGAAGAAAACAGGACAACAGCUUCAUGAGGUUGGAGUUGGCAAUGACUUCUUGGAUGCAACACCAGAGGCACAGGUGACAGAGUCCACGUGUGCUGAGGACAGAAUGUCCCGUCUGAAGGACAGACAACCUAUCCGAGGUGCUUUUCCCAAGCAUACAGUUUCUACUCUGCAACACGAGGACAAGCCACUUUAAUUGGAAGAAUCACAAAUUGCUGUGUUGAAUCGAACCCGUAUAAUCAUUUGUAGGAACAGAAUCUGAAUACUGGGAAAGCACACCUUGGGAGAGCUAUUGAUCCCUGAGAACCCAGGAGGACUAGCAUCUUGGGAUGAACACCCGGACGGCUAUGAAGAUCAUACUUACCAACUGUGAGGUGUCGGAGGUCUCGCCAAGGCUUCUGCUUCUUCUAGACUCCUCCCAGGAAAGUGAUCACCCAACUAUGCUGUGAUUCGGAGUACAGGGCUUUACAGAAUAGAAAGCCAGGAUGUAGCUUCACGGUUUUCAGCCAUUUUCCCUAACUGAUGUCUGGGAACUCUGAAGCAUUCGGACCCCACCUAGCCUUCUGCGGACCACCGGGAUACUGAGAUCAUGCUGUCACACCUGGGAUAUCACCCCACUUCACCCCUUGAACACUUUUAAGCCAGGAAUGUCCCAGACAGGGGUAGACACCUAAGUGUUUCAAUCAUGCAUCUGUCUGUCGAUGGAAACUUUGCAGUAGGCUCCUUCGGCUAUUAUCCAACCUAUGCCUGUGGACAUCUGAUAGAAAGACAUGCUGGAAUCAUCCAUAUUUUGCAGAGAAGACCAUCCCUGUGAGGCACAAUGGCUUAUCUAAGGUCCAAACCAGAACGCUCCAGAGGACAUGGUGCAGGAGCUGAAUGUUGACAUCCCCUGCUCUCCUUCCUCGAAGGACAAGAAGCCGCACAGGGCCAACGGAGUCUGGCGCUGGCUCAGGGGGAAAAAUGGUUCAACGAGGAAAAGGAAUAAGACCUCGAUACUAUGGAACACUCGGGCCAGUUCCUUGGAGGCCGGAAUUGAUUACCUGGUGACUGCCGUCAUAAAACAAGAUCUAAACUAUGUUCAUAUGUUUCUGGAAAUAUACCGCACAUUUGCUACCACCCAGGAGGUGCUGGCACUCCUCUUUGCAAGAUUCGGAUGUGUUUACUCCACGGAUGACGAGGUCGGCGGACCCCAGGAGCAGCACAACAUGGCCGUCUAUGCCAUCCUGGAUACGUGGGUGGAAAGGUAUCCAGGGGAUUUUGUGCAGCCUCCGGACUUUCCCAGCUUGCACGCGCUGCUGGCCUACCUGCAGGUCAAUGUGCCGGGCUCGGACCUGCAGCGCCGUGCCCAGCUUCUGUUGCCAGAAAGGCAGCGCGCUGAGACCACAGAGCCAGAGGCUGGGGCACCGGCCCCAGAGCCGGAUCAGGUUGUGCCUCAGGAAGUCGUUCCAGCAGCCACUCUGGCACCCGCUGCACCUCUGGGGCCUGAUCUGGCCCCUGCCAUCCCUGCUUCGGCGGAUCACAAUGGAUCUGGAAGACCAGUGACCCCCUCUGACCCGAUGGGGCCAGGGCAGAUGGUCAUCAGGGCCCUUGUUCACUUCUCUGCCACGGAAGAGCCACCUGGCCUUAGGCCAUUCCUGGAUGACCAGCAGGGGUUGGAUGGGGUGAUCGACGGCACAGCUGGUUGCAGAAUUGUGCACCUAGAGAUGUUUACCUGUUUGGGUCGCCUGUGA